CUACAAUGAAUGUGCCAACUGUCAUACAACCAACAUGGCGACAUACCUGGGCGCCUUCUCCUCGUCUCGAAGCUUUAUAAAGUUUCUAUUGACGCCGGUAGUGCGACAUUUCCCAACGCCGAAUGUGUGUUUAAUGGUCCCCCGUCACUUUUCUCAUCGGAGCAGCUUAUAUGAGCAUGUUCGAGAAGGAUAUAGCGAUAAGCCAGAGCUGGACAUGAGAGCAGUGUGUGAUCAGACCGACAAAGUCAUAGCUAAUGUAGAGAGCAGGAAAGGCGAGCUGUGCGGGCAAGACGUCAAGGAAAUUGUGUGUGUGUGGCAGCAGCUCCAGGCAGUACGAAGGGAAAUCUCUGAGCUGGAACAGCAGAAGCAGCAUAUUAGUGGAACGGUUAAAGCUUUAGUGGCAAAACACAGAAAGGAAGCCCUCGCCGAUCUUCCGGAGUACAACCAGGCACUACUGAAAGGUCGAGAGGUCCGUAAAAGACUCAACCAUCUCUAUCCCCGAGAGACGCAACUGGAUCAAAAACACUAUAGCCAAGCACUUCGCCUGCCCAACACCACACACCCUGAUGUUCCCAUUGGAGAUGAGAGCCAAGCAAAGAUAGUGGAGUUGGUUGGACAGAAACCCAAAUUUGACUUUAAGCCCAGAGGCCAUGUUGAACUGGGGGAACAGUUGGGUGGCCUCAUCAGGCAGAGGCAUCUUGCUCAUGUCUCAGGACACAGAUCUUACUAUCUGUGGGGGGCAGGGGCCAGACUUCAGAUUGCGCUCCAAAACUUUGCACUUGACACACUGCAACGCCGUGGGUUCAUUCCCUUGGUUGUACCUGACAUGCUGAAGAGUGCAGUGUUUGAGGGAUGUGGCAUGCAGCCCAACGCCCAUCGCUCUCAGGUCUACUCACUGGACCCGGCUCGUUUCCCAGACUUAAACCUGGCUGGUACCGGAGAAGUCGGAGUGGCAGGUUAUUUCAUGGAUCAUGCAGUUAAUUUGAAGGACAUGCCCGUCAGGACAGUAUGCAGCAGUACGUGUUACAGAGCAGAGACAGACACAGGGAGAGAGACCUGGGGCCUCUAUAGAGUUCAUCAUUUCAAUAAGGUCGAGAUGUUUGGAGUGACAGCAAAUGAGACAGGUGAGGAGAGUGCUCAGCUCCUAGAAGAGUUUGUCUCCUUGCAAAAAGAGAUAUUUUCUGCCUUGGAGCUACACUACAGAGUGUUGGACAUGCCAACACAGGAGUUGGGUCUUCCAGCCUACAGAAAGUAUGACAUUGAAGCCUGGAUGCCCGGGCGGAACAGUUACGGCGAGAUUUCUAGUGGUUCGAACUGUACUGACUACCAGAGCAGACGCCUCAACAUCCUGUAUGAGAGAGAUGAUGGCAGCCUGCAGUAUGCGCACACAGUGAAUGCCACAGCAUGCGCCAUCCCCAGAACAAUCAUUGCCAUACUAGAGACUCACCAAACCAAGGAAGGAUCAGUGAUCGUCCCCAAAGCCUUGCAACCAUAUUUGGGUCUUGAAAUAAUUGAGAAGCCAAAGUACACUCCUCUGAAAUACAUUGGUCCCAACCAGCCAAGCCGCCCGCCCAGGCCUUCUCCCACAAUUACGUGAAGUCGACAUUGGGAAGAUUGUGUUAUUAUAACGUAUUGCAGUGAGCGUAAUGAUCACUUCCUGUAAUGCGGUAUCUCAGUGAUGUACAUUGCAAUUCACCUCAAGCAUCUCUUUUUUUCUGAGGGUGCCCUUGAGGUUUGUCGAUGUUAAUCAUUUGACAGAACAGCAAGGAUUACGGUACCUUCAAGGACAGUUUACAACAUCGUAAUGCUUUAUUCUCCAUAUUUUUUUUAAAGACUUAAAACAUGGAAUUAUAGGAACUGAGAAUUGUUUGUCUGUAAAAUGUCUUCUAAUAGUUGGCUACAGCAAAAACGUUUUGGGAGGCACAUGAAUAUUGUACUUAUUUAAAAAAUGUCAGCAACUAUUAAUGAGUAAUAUCCAAGACUGGAUGACUGAUGGCUGGUUCACAUUUAUCACGAUGAAUGUUUUGCAUUUACCGUCUGUUGUGGUGAGCGGUGCAUUUGGUGUCUGGGUCUUCAGUGGAUUCUUUACUGAGUUUAAUCCACCAUGUACCUUAGAAUGUUGCAGUUAUAGAAACUAUCAGUACUGUACUACACAGAAAUGCAAGACAGCAGCACGCAACUGUCAUGUACAUCAUCUGGUGCAAUUCAAAAUGACCUUUCAUCUGAUAUGAUAAAAUCAUCAAACUUUUAAAUAAAACAUACUCACCACAGA